GGCUGUCCGCGCGCGCUCUCUCGCUCUCACCGUGUCCCUCGCGCACCUCCACUCCAGCCGACGACAGAAAGAGACAAGACGAAGCAAAUACCAAGAGCAGCAGGAAUGGAAUAUUAUUAGUGAAAGAUGGAGGAAUGAUGAGAGGACGGUUAGCAGACGGACAGGAGAACCGCUGUCGCAGAGGACAAGAAGAAGAGGGAGGAUGAGAGAGGGAAACAGUCACAUCUGCUGUCUGUGACUUUGGAGAUAUCUCUCAGGCAAAGUGAGGGAGAAAAAGGCAAGACGCCACACUCUGAGGAUGGCAACAAUUCACCGUGUGUGAGAGGAAUAAUUAUCAUGUGUCGGAAUUAUUGUGGUGGACCAACAUGUCGAUUUUGAUAACCUUUUGUCGCGCAGAAGCGUUUCACUGUGCGUAAGACGGCUAAACACGCAUUUUAGAAAUACAAAAUUGCUGCUAGGGGUAUAUUUUUUGAAGCAUAAUUUGUGCUUGGCUUUCCUACGGAGAUUUGUUUUGGGGGUAAAGGAGGACAUUUUUUUAUAAAGAGGCGACCCCCCACCUCCUCCUCCCCCUUACAUAAAUGUUUGCGUGCCGUUAGUGCUCUCGUUCUCUGUCGACCCCCCUCUCCCUCUCCUCUGAAUAGGUUUGCGUCCCACACGCAGACAGUCGCAUCUCAUAUCUACACAGACCUGGACAUUAUCUCACACGCACGCAAACAGACAUAUGCAUACAUAAUUAUACAGACAGACCUCACCCCCCUCACCCACCCGACCCUCUCACUCACCACUAUCUGAUGACUCCCCGGCGUAGAGGUGGACGUGGUACGGAACCGACUGUAGCAUCAUCAUCAUCAUCCUUAACACUACCACUGUCAUCCUCACCACCCUCCUCUUCCUCACUACCACCAUGUCUUCGUCGUCGCGCAAGAUCUCCUCGGAGUCGUUCAGCAGCUCGGUGGGCUCAGACUGCGGGCUGGAAAGCCCCGGGGGAGACGCGGGGGAUGGAGGCUUGGAGCCGGUGGAGGAGAUCCGAGGUUGCCCCUUCUCCUCUCUACACUCUUCCCACAGAGCGGUGCUCUGGAACGGCCGCAGCCCCGCAGAGAGACCGGCGUGUCCGGUGGUAGAGGAGCAGCCUGGACCCGGGCCCCCCCACAAGAGGGUGACCAGGAGGAGACGGGUGAACCUGGACUCGCUGGGGGAGAUCCUGAGGAGACUGACCUCACCCACGACACAGACUGUUCAGGAGGCUCUCCAGCGAACUCUACAUUUCUACAGACAACAAGAAAUCCGGUGUCAGGAAGUUGGCAGUGAGGAGAGACGGAAAGAGAGGAGAGAUGAGAAGUGCCCAUUCUUAGAAAAUUCAGGUUCGGAAGAAGAUGUCCUACAAAUCCUGCAGUACAUGGCCACCAUACUGGGCAUACCAUUCUGUGAGCUGCGAGAGCAUUUCGGAGAGGAGUUCUUUGGCCUCUGCUUUGAAGAAAAUGAACGAGUGCUUCGGGCUGUAGGCGGCAACCUCCAGGACUUCUUCAACGGCUUUGAUGCCAUCUUGGAACACAUCCGCACCUCCACGGGUCGCCGGGCCUCGUCUGAGAGCCCUUCUUUCCAGUGCAAGGACCCCUAUGAGGAGGAGACGGGGAGAAGACAAUUGGACAAAGUUGGAGAGCGAGGAGAAACAGAUGGAAGAGGGAAGGAGUUGCUUCUUCACUGUUUCAACCCGGGCCCUGUGGUUGGAUUGGUCAUGCCAGGGUUCAUCAGAGCUGUUGCCAGGCGGAUCUUUUAUUCAGAAGUUGAGGUGGAAGAGGUGCCUCCUCUAACUCCCUUAUUGCCCAAUGAAGAUACAGAACACACAGACGAUGACUCCACAACCCCAACCCCAACCCCGACUGUGUCCCCCACUGCCUCACCCUCGUCGUCCCCGUCCCCUCCCUCUCCUUUCCAAACCUCUGUUCCCACAGUUUGCUUGUCCUUCCAAAUCCAGGAGACAAGCCCUCCUUCCCUCCCCUCCCUCCCAAAUUCUGUGCCGGUGUGCACUAAACGCCCCCUCCUUCCACUCUCCACCAACCCCAGCGAUCUGCGCAUCAGCCUGGCCACGUUUUGCCGUGCCUUUCCGUUUCACCUCGUCCUGGGGCCUCGCAUGGAGCUACUGCAGCUCGGAGAAGGACUGAGGAAACAGGCUCGCAUUGAGCCGCACCGGUGCCACGCGUUCAGGGACUGUUUUGAGAUUGUCUCACCCAAGAUGGAGCCUUCGUUCAAGGGCAUCCUGCUGAGGCUUGCAUCCCCAUUUACCAUCCGCACCAGGCCUGAUAUCACACAGUCUGGCACCAAGGAGAAGGUCAUGGAGUUGAAGGGUCAAAUGAUCCAUGUGCCCGAGUCCAGCUCCAUGAUGUUUCUGGGCUCACCACGUGUCGACAAGUUGGAGGAGCUGAUGGGCAGGGGUCUCCACUUGUCAGAUAUCCCCAUCCAUGAUGCCACGCGAGACGUUAUCCUGGUGGGGGAGCAGGCCAAGGCCCAGGAUGGUCUAAAGAAGAGAAUGGACAAACUGAAGGCCACGUUAGAGAAGACUCACCAGGCACUGGAGGAGGAAAAGAGGAGAACCGUGGAUCUCCUUUAUUCCAUAUUUCCGGGUGAUGUGGCACAGAAACUGUGGCAGGGUCAGCCGGUGCCAGCACGCAAAUUUGAUGAUGUGACCAUGCUGUUCUCAGACAUCGUGGGAUUUACUGCCGUGUGUGCCCAGUGUACACCUAUGCAGGUCAUCUCAAUGCUGAAUGAGCUUUACACACGCUUCGACUACCAGUGUGGCAUUCUGGAUGUUUAUAAGAUCGAGACAAUAGGCGAUGCCUACUGUGUUGCGGGAGGACUUCACAAGAAGGUGGACAGUCACGCCAAGCCGAUUGCACACAUGGCCCUGAAGAUGAUGGAGCUUUCUGAAGAAGUGCUGACUCCUGAUGGGAGACCUAUCAAGCUAAGGAUUGGGAUCCACACAGGUUCAGUUCUGGCAGGCGUGGUCGGGGUUAAAAUGCCACGUUACUGCCUGUUUGGGAACAACGUGACACUGGCCAGCAAGUUUGAAUCGGGGAGCCAUCCGAGAUGUAUCAAUGUCAGUCCCACAACUUAUCAGUUCCUGAAAGAUGACCGCUCCUUUUCAUUUGUCCCUCGCUCAAGGCUGGAGCUCCCAGAUAAUUUUCCCAAAGAAAUCCCGGGGACAUGUUACUUCCUGGAGGCGGGAACAUCUCACAGCCACGCCUCAUUGACCAGCUCUCGCUCUGCCCCCCCGGCCUCUAUGAGGAAAGUCUCCUACAGCAUUGGGACCAUGUUUCUAAGGGAAACAAGUCUGUAGGCCCCGUACACGGACUAGGAUACGCAGGUAUUCAUAAUGAGAGAGGCUGGAUUUGAACCUAUGGAACAUGCAGGGAACAGAUCACAGAGAAAAAAUGUGGAUAUGCAACGGAGUUCUCUGAAAACUUGCAUUCAGACCUGUGUGCUGGCCAAUAUGAAUGAACUUGUUGCGUCAUUGUAGGUGAAACAACCACAAUAUGUCCUCAUCUCACCUGAGCAGAGAGAUAUGGUUCAUAGAACUUGAGGAACAGCAGUUGAGUUGGUCUCACACAGACCCGUCCCUAAGGAAGUGUAGUGAUGGGGGCGAUGAGCAGAGAAACCUUAAUAUAAAACACAGUGAUCUAACCAAGUUCCUAGUUCUCUCCCAAACAGCACCUUGACGUGGGUCAAGAGGCAACAAUUCUUGGAGGAAAAUCAUUAGCACUGUUGCACACAUAAGCAAUGGAAUUGGGCAAACAGAACAUAUCCAAUUCCCAUUAACAAGGACGAGGCAGAAGAAUGAAGUUGUAUGAACUUUAGAGGAUGGCAACAUUGUGCUUCAUGGCCUCUUGUACAAGUUAAACCCCUGCUGAAGAACAAUACAACUCCCCUUUCAACUGUCCCUCAAUCAUGUCAUGCUUUACCAAACAUACUUCUAACAUCUGCUGCUCGUUACAUCCAUCUUCAGAAGACAUUUGGUGGGUGUGUGGGAGGGGACGGAUGAGAGGCACAGACAAGGAGAUAGGUUUGAAGAGGGGUCAUCAAAGGACAAAUGCCAAAUAACGCUACUGCUAAGCUGAUCUUAGAGCCUUUUAUGCUUCUAAUUCACAGGAAACUAUAACCAACAAUAAUACAGCCAUUUCAUUGCAGGUAAUAUCUUUAGGACUGAAAAUAAUUCCCAGCUCAGUGCCUUUUUACUGCUCAAAUCAGAACAAACACAAGAUGGGUUAGUUUUAAAUAUUUUUAAAUAAAAUAAAACACAAGAGCGCUUCACUUAUCGAAUGUCUUUUUCUUCACUCUAGGCCACCAAAAGUUACAACUAGUGAGUUCUUUAAUUUGAGAGGUUAAUAAGUGACAAGAUAAAUCAAGCGCUUCUGAAAUAUUAAAAAUAUUUAAAAUUCUAUCCAUCUUUGUUUUGUCCGGAUCAACCAAUAAUACACACAAUAUAGUACUAAUAUAGUACUAUACUAACUUGUACUCAUAGUCGAAGUAUGCAUGCUUGACACGGUUCACAUUGACAUACGUAAUAUUUUUUAAUUGCAUUGUUUUUUUUACCACAUUUAUAUAAAAGUAUACACUAACCCAAUGCAAAUGUAACCAACAGGAUUCAAAUUUAAGUCUACUAGUUUGCUGGUAGACUGAGUAUAAUUGACUCAGUGGAAAUCUCAGGCCUUCCAAAUACUUCUGCGUAGCUUAGUAACCCAGACAUGGGAAAAUAAGUUUUGAGCAAGAGAAGCUUCAUUAUCUGUCGUAAAGUGAGAAGACAAGGGUCGAAGUUGGAUAGUCUUUGAAUAUUUGACAGGCUUGUCACAUUUGAAAACCUACUUCAUGUAAUUAACAUUACAUUCCUGCCACCGUUCUGGUUGUUGAAAUCAUAUACAUGUGACAUCAGUGGAGUACAAAGCAUACAUUUUAUAUCAAUUAAAGGUGUUGCAGAGUUGGCCCCCAGAGAAGAUAAUUGUAUUUAGUCUCAUGAAAUAUUAUGUUUUUAUGUUGAUAGAAAUGUUUUCUAUAACCAAACAAAGUACUUAGAUAUGUGUUAACGUCACAUCCCACUUUCAGGCUAUUAUAAAUGAAAAAGAAAGAUUUUAAAUCUAGAUGGUUUAAACUUAAAGUACUAAUACCUGUGUGUGCUUACCCUACUUGGUGUAAAAUAAAAAUGUUUUCUUAAUUGUA